CCAGGGAAUGCUGUUAUCUCUCUUUUCUACCACCCCCCUCUCUCUCGUGGGUAUUCCUCGAUGCGGUGAACGGGAAAACCACGUGAAGGCCUGUCCAUGUAUUAUCAUUGAACUAAAGAACAUUAGUUCAAUGUGUAUUAUUAGGUCUAUGCGUAGAUAGAGACCCAUAGCAAAGAGGAACUCCUCUUUGCCCAUAGAACCUCUAUCUAGGGGUCUAUGGGUUUACCAUUUACCUCAAAAAGAUGGCGUCUUCGAGCAGUUGUGUGUUGCCUGUUGGUAUCAAUAUGGAAAAAAUGCAGCAAAUUUCGAAACUAGUGAAUGGUGAUGAUAAUCCAUUUAAGUGCGCUGUUUGUAAGCAUUAUUUGUCAAUAUCACCCAUUGUGCACAAUGAUGUUUUGGGUAGCAUUUGCGGACGAGACCUCUGUAAGAAGUUGGCAGCUUCGCAAGGUACAAAUUAUCGACAAAGUGCCUAUGAGGGGUUAGCAAAAGUUUUUGAAUUUCCAUGUAUGUACGAAGAAAGUGGAUGCAAGGAAGUACUUCCAUGGAAUGAAAUAGGAGAACACGAAUUAAUUUGUGAAUUCAUGAAAUUAUGUUGUCCCUUUUCGACCGACCAAUUUGAAGAUGAAGAAAAAAUAUGUACAUGGGAAGGAAACACAUCUGAAAUCUUAGGUCAUAUGGAAGAAGUUCACUCGCCACAUAGGUUCGAAAAUUAUGUACAGAUCAGUAUUGAGCAAGAUAUGAAGAGAAAUAAAUUAUUGUUUUCAAGGAUUCAAGAUAGUAUUGUGAUACUUUUGGUAAUUGUGGGUGCAGAAUCUGAGACUUAUUGGAAAGCAUGGACAGGUCCAGAAAUUUGGAAAAACUUUAAUUAUAAAAUUGAAAUUUCUUCAGAAAAAGGACAAAGCUUGACUGUAUCAAAAUUCCAGAAGGCUGAACUCUUACACCCUACUUUCUUCAAAAGUAAAAUUGAUAACAGCUGGUUCAAAAUCAAUGUUGAUUCUAUAAAAAAUUUGUUUGAUUCUCCUUACUUUUUGACCACUAAGUUUUAUGUGAAGGGAUUUUUAAUUGGUUCCCCAGAGAAUCUUUCUUGUCACGACAUAAAUUCAUUAUUGCCAAUGCCAACUAUAACAUGCCGUAAUCAUAAUUGUGAAAAUCAAGCAGAAAAAUUCAUUUAUGUUUGUAGAAGUAAUAAAGACCACAAAUUUUGUAAUAAAUGUGGCAGUGUUAAAUGUCCUUUCUGCAAUGCGAGACAUGUAUUUUCUGGUUUGGUUCGAACGACAAUGAAAGUACUUUUCAAGGUAUCAUUUGAAUUUUGCAUAUUGUGUAAAGAAAAUGUUCAAUGCCUAUCUGCCCAUUUGAGUAAUUGUCACAAUGAGUUUAUUUUCAACCUUGGUGAAUAUAAUAAUUUCAGGUUGAAAUAUCACUUUUUCUCUUUUGAUGAUCAUAUCUUCCUUUUAUCAAAAAAAAUCGAAGAAAAUCGCGAUCGUACAUUCUCAGUGAUCUGUUUAGGAUUCCAUACUGUUACAUAUAAAUACGAACUCAAGCUGGUGACCACCAAACCUUCAUAUUCUGCAAUUACAUUCACUAACUUUUGCUAUGCUGGAUUAAUUAAUUAUUUGAAUUAUACUAUUGGGGAAAAUUAUAAUAGUUGCAUAUAUGAAACUUUAAUACCUGAAACUUUGUAUAAUUCGAUUUUUCCUUUUGGUGAUAAUGAGGAUAACAUCAAGUUCAAAUUGAAUAUCUUCAAAAUUUGAAACAUUUGAGUUUUGGAUUGAUUUUUUUUUAUUUAGAAGUUUACUUUUGUUUCUGAUUACCUAGUACCUUAGAAGAUUUCUUGUAGUGAAUAAUUUUGCAAUACAGUUCAUGUUUUCCAAAUGCACUGUUUUAGGAACCCAUACUGUUAAGUAUAAAUAAAGAACUCAAGUUGGUGAGCACCAAACCUUAACAUUUACUUACUUUUGCUAUUCUGAAAUUAAUGCUUUGAAGUAUAUUAUUCGGGAAAAUUUGAAUGGUUUCAUAUGUGAAACAUUAAUACCUUUGAACUUGUAUACCUUAAAUUUUCCUUAUGUUGGUAAUAAAGAUUACAUUGAGAUCAAAUUGAAUAUCUCCAAUAUUUGAGUUUUGAUUGUUUUUUUUUUAUUCAGAAGUUUACUUAUGUUUAGUGUCUUAGAAGAUUUCUUGUGUUGAAUAAAGAUGCACUACUGUUUAUGUUUUUAAAAUGUUUAAUAAAAUGUGUUAUCAUUCAAGAAAAUCAUCA